CUGGAGUCUGCCUGGAAAGGCCAAGGGGCCCAGAGGCCAAGGCUAGGGGUCUGCAAAAGCAGGUUGUGUGGGUUCUCUUCCGAGAGGAGUCCAAUGCGCUCUGGAGAGGGCUGGGACGCCACAACCUCGGCCAGCCAGGGCAACCCUCGUGAUUCCUAACUCCAAGGCUUGCACUCAAAUCCCCAGACUGCCAGAGAGGGAAAUAUAUCUGCUGGUGACAGCCAGGCCUCAGGAGACACAAUUCCUGCUGCUUAGAAGGGAAUCCAGCACCUGGCAUUUCUGACCUUUGUGCCACUAAAUGUAUCACUGGUGAUGGUGGUUCGCGGCCCUGAGGCUGAGGAGCCACCAGAUGAGACUUCCAUGGCCUCCUCCUCUGUCUUUGGGGCUCAGCCAGGGCUCUCUAGACCCUGGGGAACGUGCAGCAAGGACCAAGUGACAGUGGUGCUCCAGGCAGCUGGAUCCUCCCCUCAGGAAGGAGCUCCCGGAGCCAGGCACUGUGCUAGGCAGUGCCCCUCAGAGGCACACCCUGCUGUGAAGCACACCGUGUCACAUAGGAAGGGCCUGGGCACAGUUAGCUGUCACCUGCUGGAUUCCAUGCUGAGCAGAGGGGAGACCACACCCCAGUCCUGGCCAGGUCCAAAGGCCUGUGCUGUCUCCCCUGCCCUGCCCUCUCCCCACACUCCCCUUAUCCUUGAGACUGUGGUCUCUUCCCUGACAAGGAACCAGAUUUCCUCCCUCAAAUCGUUUCUCUGCCUCUGGCCUUACUGGAUUCUCCAGCCUCUCCGAAAGGUUCUAAGGGAGACCAGAAAACAGAAUGAAACAGGCAGAUGGCAGCCUCGGCCCGACUACGGAUGCCGAAGGGGCUACGGAAGAGCGGUGAGGUCUCAGCCAUAAUCCAGGGGCAAGAAGAUGAGCAUGGUCAGGGAGGUGGCAGUGGUGGCGAUGGGAUGCAGUGGAAUUCUGGGCCUUUUAAGCAUGGAGAUAAUAGCAUGUGCUGAUGUGUGGGAGAAAGAGCCCAGAGCGGUCCCCAAGGCUUUGGAUCCGUGUGGCCGGUUGGAGGCUGUGGCCAUUUACUGUGAUGGGUCCUCACUCCUGAGUCCUGUCACUCUGCCACCAACAAUUCAGCCACAAGGAAGAUGAAGAUCAUCCUCGCAGCUCUGUCAACUUGCACGCACCCACCCAGCCCUCUGUGCAUCCUGAUGCUUUGCCUCAGCUGGUAACCACGGCCUGCAUCAGCACUUCUCAGACCCAAAUGUGCAUGAAUCAUCCGGGAGCUUGUUAAAAUGCAGAUUCUGAGUCAGGAGAUUUGGGCUGGGGCCUGAGAUGCUUCAUUUCUAACAAGCCUGGCUAAUGAUGCUGCUGGUCAGGAGGCCACACACCCCAGGCCCAUGGCAGCGUCUCCAUCACCAACAUCAGCAUUGCCUGGGGGUGGGGCACAGAACUCAGAAUCAGAUGCUCCCAGGACACUAAGAGUCUGGGCUUUGCGAAGUAUCCAAGGUAGAGUCGAGGGUCCUCUAUAGGUGGGAGUCCUCUGGCAACUGCUCCUAUAGCCCCCAGGGCAGCCAAUGCCAACACCCUUGCCCCAGUCCUGGUGCCAAUGUAGCACAGCACCCACACCCAAGGCCCUCUCCUUGGUGCCCUGGAGCCGGAUGCAGGAGCUCCCUGAGUGGACUUCUGCAGCUCCCUGAGGGCUGGCAGCCAGGAAAAAGGCCUGCAGGAGAGAGUGAUGGGCUCUGGGCUGGAGCAAGCACACCCUCAAGAGGUGGUACCUCAGGUCCGUGCCUGCCAGAGUGCUGGUGAGACUACCAGGCAGGGGUGUGAGUACUGCGCCUUGAAUGAAUGAAUGAAUGAAUGAACGCAUGGGCAGUUUGAGGAAGGCUGAAUGAAUGGAGGGGAAGCUCUUCAGGCUUCUGAACUUUCCCCCUAGGCCAGUGGUGGUGAACCUAUGGCAUGCCUGCUGAAGGAGGCUUUUGUUAUCAUUGAAAGCUUAAAGGGUUUGCCACCGCUGCUCUGGGCUCAUCUGCAUCCUUCCUGUGAAAUGCAGCAUUAGCAAGAGAACCUUGUUAGAUCAUCUUUGCUAGAACCCCCAUUCUUAAUAUUGAGUCACCUUGCAGAGCUGGCUGAUCAGGUUCCUUCACCAUCCCCGGCUACCCUGGCCUGGCUACAGCAACAACCCUGGCAGGUGGCUUUGGUCAGAAUGCACCUUAUCCCUGCUGGUUUCUGGUAGUAAUUUUCCGCCCGCUGACCCCUCCCCUGAGCUCCUACCCACUUGGUGCCAGGACCCUUGCCUGGAGAGCUCUCUGUCCUUCAGAGAAGCUUGACAGGUGUGGAAAGAGAGGGAAGGAAGGACACACUGGUCCUCCCACCUCUCCUGGAAAGCUGUAGCCCAGAGUGCUCGGACUGCCCUCUGUGUAGUACAGGAGGAGAUGCUGCUGCCUCUGCAGCAUGGGUCUUACCCAAGAAGCCCAGGUGGUCCAUUGCCCACAACAGGGGUUUUGUUUGUGGCCUCACCUCUCCACACACCCAGGCCAGUCCCUGCCUGACCCAGCCUCCACUCUCCAGAGCUGACCCACGGACUUCCAGCUCGAAUCAUGUGAGCUGGAUGACUGGGAGCCCAGCCCAGAGAGCUCAGCCCCAAAGGAAGGGUCAGCAAGGGCAGGCACAGACAGUGUAAGUGGUAAGGCCUAGAGGGAUGUAUGGCACAUUCACAAAAAGCAGAAAGGACACUGUGAAUAGAUGAGCAAGAACCCAGAGGUUAAAAUGAGAGCUGAAAUUGAAGAGGCCAGGGAGGAGCCUGGCAGAAGCAACCAGCAGGAGACAUGGCCAGGGGCCAGAGCAGAAGGCCUCGAAUGCCGAGCUCAGGAACAGCCAGCAUUCCUUCCGCGCAUUGCCUCACAGGAGAUAACUGCUCAUCGUCUUCAGUCUCUCUGCCAUUUCCUGCCACUCUGGGCCUGUACAGAUGGGGUGGGAGGCAGCACCCCC